AUGGCCACGCAGGCGGAGGUCGUUCCUGCCGCCCUGCGCUGGUGCGACUACGGCGUGGACGAUGACGCCGACUUCGACGCGUUGCUUCGGGACAUACACGCCGCCGUGAGCCCUCGCACCCCCGCUGCUGUGGACCUGCCAAUGCCGCCUCAGCAGUUUCUUGCGCGGUCUCGGCGACACAGCUAUCACUAUGACUACGAGGACAGCGACUUCCAGGCCGUCCUCCACUGUAUUCGGAGCGUUCGCAUCCCGGCCGCCGGCUUUGCUUCGGUGCCGAACCCCCUGGAUGCUUCUGAAGCCAGCCGCUAUUUCUUGCCUCCCCUGUCCAUGCUGAUUGCCAUGCAUUGA